AUGGGAUCUAUUUCUGCCUUUGAGUCUAUUCCCCCUCAGGAGGUCGGCCAUUGUGACCUGUCUUCGAUCUUCACCCCUCAGCGCAAGCUUAGUGUUAUCUGCAUCGGAGCUGGCGCAUCUGGUCUACUGCUCGCGUACAAGAUUCAGCGACACUUUGGUAAUUUUUCGCUGCAGAUAUUUGAGAAGAAUCCCGCAAUCUCGGGGACAUGGUAUGAAAACAGAUACCCUGGUUGCGCAUGCGAUGUACCGAGUCAUAAUUACACAUGGAGUUUCGAGCCGAAAACCGACUGGAGCGCCAACUACGCCAGUUCUGAAGAGAUCUAUGAUUACUUCAAGGGCUUCAGCGGCCAUCACGGGCUGGAUAAAUACAUCAAACUGCGGCACCAAGUCGUAGGAGCGCGAUGGGAUGAUAUGGAAGCCCAGUGGCACGUGCAGGUUAAUGAUCUGGAGAAGGAUCAAAUAACCGUACACAAAGCGCAGAUCCUUGUGAACGCUGGUGGUAUCCUCAACUCAUGGCGCUUCCCUCCCAUUCCGGGUAUCAGGUCGUUCAAAGGCCCUCUAAUCCAUUCCGCGGCAUGGCCUCGUGAAGGGAUUAAUCUUGUGGGGAAGACGGUAGGACUCAUUGGAAAUGGCUCCUCUGGCAUCCAGAUUCUCCCAGCCAUCAAGGAUCAAGUUGGAAAACUAGUCACCUUUAUCCGUGAGGCGACUUGGGUUGCGCCGCCACUGGGUGGUGACUACCAAGCCUACUCUAAAGAAGAUAAGGAGAAGUUCAAAGCAGACGGAUCAAUGCAUCUCACCAUGCGCAAAGCUAUCGAAGCGCAAUCCAACAGUUUGUUUGGCAUCUUUCAUCGUGGAUCACGGGAGCAAAGUGAGCUCCAAAGCUACAUGCUCAGCCGCAUGAAGGAGCGUCUCCAGAAUAAGAAACUGGAAAAGCUCCUUAUACCAGAGUGGUCCGUUGGCUGCCGGAGACUGACGCCUGGAACGAACUACCUCGAAUCUCUGGGUGAUAGUAAGGUGCAAACCGUCUAUGGGGAGAUCACAGAGAUUACGCCAACUGGUGUUAUUUGCGACGACGGCAGAGGGGAGUACCCUGUCGAUAUCCUUAUUUGCGCCACGGGGUUCGACACCACCUUCAAACCACGAUUUCCAGUGCAGGGCGCACGAGGCGCUAAGUUGGAGGAGAUGUGGAAAGGGCCAAACUGUCCCAUUGGCAAUGGGCCCGUUCUUAUCAGUAUCGAAGCCGAGGUUGAGUACAUAAUCAAGAUGCUCUCAAACUUCCAGAAGGAGAAUAUCCGCUCAUUCGAAGUCCGCGAAGGAGCAGUCCGCGAGUUUAACCAGUGGGUGCAGACCUGGAUGAAAGAAACUAUUUGGGCGGAGCCUUGUCGGUCGUGGUACAAAGCAGGCUCGGCAUCUGGCAAGAUCCUAGCUUUGUGGCCAGGAUCGACUCUACAUUACCUUGAGGCGCUGCGGGAGCCACGAUGGGAAGACUGGAAGUUUGACUACACGCCUGGCCAGAACAGGUUUGCAUAUCUUGGGAAUGGUCACAGCACUGCGGAGACCUUGGGAGGGGAUCUCAGUUACUACAUCCGCAAUCAUGAUGACUCUCCGACUGAUCCCGUCUUGAAGAGGACUGGAGGGGAAUACAAAUAA